UUCAACGAACGAAAUUUCCAACGAACGACAUGUCAAAUAACCAACCGAUGUCAUGAGCAGCAGGCCAGUCGUUGUGCUGAUAUUCAGUUUGUUUUUGUUUACUUUCUAAAAAAGCAAAAUAUUUCGAAGUAGUUUGCGAUUAGAAGCAUUUUCGGUUAGUUUUGCUCUACAAUCUGUUCCAAAAGUCAUUAUUGAAGACGUAAUUGAAGAUGGCCGAUAUAAUCAUUCAUUCCGUUCGCCAACAACAGGCCAGUCCUGGAACCGUAUACCACGCCCUUUAUGGACACUACUUUUUGGGUAUUUCCCAAAAGAAUUUGGCGAUCAUUUACGGAAAAAGCCUGUCCACUAUUUAUGGUUGGAUUCAAAAGUUUGAAAGCGAGGGACUUUACCGAAGGAAAAAACGAGCUCAGGUCUUCAAAAAGUUCCAGUCGGAAAUGCGACAAUGGUUGGUGGAGCUUUAUUGCAAGCAUCCUCUUUUAUUUUUGGACGAAGCCAAGGAGAUGUUCCAGGCACAUUUCCAGAUGACAAUAAGUACUUCAUCCGUCUGUACUAUUCUGCACGAGGCAGGCCUGUCGUGGAAAACCAUUGAGAGAAGAGCUAUUCAAAUUCGUAUGGAAGAAAUAGUGCGGUUUGUGAAUGAGCUCCUCGCCAUACCAUGGGAUAUUUUCAAUUUAGUUUUCCUCGAUGAGGUGAGUAUUGACAAUAGGGGCACGUUACGUCAGAAGGGAUAUGGUGUCGUAGGAAAAAAGUUAAUUUUCAGAGGAGAAUUUUGUCGCCGUGCUCGUUCAUCGUUCUUAUGUUUCCUUGGCGCUGAUGGAAUCCUGGAUAGUUUCUGGACUGAAGGCACUUUUAACAGGCUAAAGUUUUUCGAAUGCUGCCGAGAGUUUGCCUUGCGGAAUCCUAAGGUUCAAAGAUAUCCAGGAUUCCAUUCAGUAUGGAUCAUGGACGGUGCGAGGAUUCAUUGCGACGCUAAUCUCAUUCGCUAUCUUCGAUCCAUUGGGAUCAUACCCAUAUUCCUUCCGGCGUACUGCCCCUUUUUCAAUCCCAUCGAGGUGAUCUUUGGCCUCGUGAAAAACCGUCUUCAGAGAGUACACCGGGAAGGUGAACAAAUUCUGGCUGAAGUAUGUGAAGCUAUGAACUACUUCAAAGUUUAUCCUUGCCAGAAACUGUUUGAACACUGUGGAUACUUCCCUGGAGGAUUUUUCAGCCCUGAGAAAGGCUUAACGCAAGAUCCAAAUGAGGUCGAUUUGAAUAUUGUUCCCAAUUAAUAUAAGAGCAAGUUUUGAAACGUUUACUGUUAACAAUAAUGAACUAUCUGAAACAAAUAAAUAAAACUCAUGAAGACCGUGAAACUAUUGCAAAUAAAACUUAUUUUAUUUAUUCAAAACCGUAAAAUCAAAACAAGAAAAACACUUUAAGAGUGAUCAACAUCGGGACAAUCAGUUACUUUCUCCGCCAACACUUGGCUCACUUCGGACUCUUCUGGUCGGAUUGCUGAUUGCACUGCGGUGAUAAAAUCUCCAGCGGCUAAUCCUUUUGUUAUCAUUGCUUCGAGCUUGCGGGAAACGUUGUUAAGUAUUCCAAGUGCUGCUGAAAUUUCUUCCCUUAUUUCAGCCGCUUCUUUCACCCAACCAGCAUUCACAGUAUGAGCCACUGUGACACCCCGAUGUACUGACUGCAGGCGGGCUGCUUCUGACACAUUUGUCCAUCGGAAGUAUUUGGCGAGCUCCAAAGGCGGUGCGGGAUCAAUUUUCAAUUGCUCUUGCUUGUGAGCAGGCGAAGAGUGGAUGAAGUUGGCCCACAACAUCCACGAGCUUUGAUGUCCCUCUAAAUCCAAGUGAGUUUCCUUAAGCUCUUUAGCCAAAGCAGCACAAUCACGGGUCGAGUGGGCUCCGGCUCGGUCUGAGUUUGUUGGCGUAAUGAGCGUCUUCAGUACCAUUUGGUGCUGGGCAUGCGUCUCCACGUUGGUCGCAUAUGGAUGCACAAAAACUUUGAUGUUUUUAUCCUUCCAUGUAGCAAGGAUUCGUGGAGUGAUGGCAGAAACAUUGUAGGUCUUCCUUUUGGUCGUGUCAUGCAGAAUGAUGAAUCGUUCAAUGUCUUCUUCAUCUGGCAUUUGCUUCUCAGACCAUGUCGGAACGUCAUUGUCAAAAUCAACUUGCCGAGAUACGUGUUUCUUUGCAAGUUUCCACAUGAAUCCGAUCACUUCCGGCACUGUAUCUCCACCGACAUUCAUGGUUCCGAUUUCUCGAGGGCGCAUUUGACUGCGAAAAAGUCGUCGAAGAAAGGUCCCUUUAAAGAAGAAUUCCAAACUCUUCGCAGCAUCAUCUGGCAACAAAGUCACAUCAUUUUCCUCGGAUGCACCACUUUCUUCGUUUUCAGCUUCCUCCGUCGUAUUAUCGGGCAACAAUGAGAAUUCGACAUUCCUCGAGUUCCCAUCGUCAGAGACCUGGGUCGUAUCCAACAAGGAUUUCGAGAAUCUGAAAGUUCCCGACGAUCCAGCCACCGGAGAUCCCGCUGUUUCCUGCUCCAGGAACUCUAUUCCGUCGUAGCUGCAAAUAGUUCAAUUCUGUUGAAGAUCAUCCUAUUUUUUUAAUAGUUUGUUACUUACUUGUCCUUGUUAUUAUCCAUGUUAAACUGGAACUGGAGGAUUAAUGUUCUUCAAGCAUU